AUGUUCGAAGAAAGUCCGUUAUACUACAGUCUUAUAUAUAUUCUCAAAUUAAUGUAUAUUCCUUAUACAAUAUUAUUUCUAACAACUCCAAAAGAUGAAAAAACCACUGCAAUUUAUCCGAUUUAUUUGAACAUUUUCGUCUGUAUUCAAAUGCAUUCCCUGAGAUUUUGGUUUGUAAUUGGAAUCGCAUUAUUUGAUGAUUAUCCACAGUUUUUAUUGAUUAUGUGA